GUUUGUGCCAACAGAGACUCUGCAGCAACACAUUCCUCCUCUCCACAUUUACUCUCACACAGGGAACCGGUCUGAGUCCAGUUAGUCCCAGUCCAGGUCCAGGUCCAUUCAGCUCCUCAGCCGCUGGUCGCAGACAUGAAGCUGUUGCUGCUGAUGUUGCUGAUUGAACGAGCUGCAGCUCAGCAGAGAGGUCUGUUCCCUGCCAUCUUGAAUUUGGCAAGUAAUGCAGUGAUCAGCACUAACGCAACGUGUGGAGAUCCAGAACCGGAAGUUUACUGUAAGUUGGUCGAACACGUUCCAGGACGACGGAUCAAGAAUCCACACUGCCCAAAAUGUGAUGCCAACUCUGUCCUGUCUAAAGAACGUCAUCCAAUCACCAACGCCAUCGAUGGGACCAAUCAGUGGUGGCAAAGUCCGAGUAUCAAGAACGGACGGCAGUUUCACUGGAUCACCAUCACACUGGAUCUCAAACAGAUUUUUCAGGUAGCUUACAUCAUCAUCAAGGCAGCUAACUCUCCUCGGCCAGGUAACUGGAUCCUUGAGCGCUCACUGGACGGUGUGACCUUUGCCCCCUGGCAGUUUUACGCCAUUAGUGACUCCGAGUGUUUGUCCCAUUACAACGUGGCGCCGCGACUCGGCCCGCCGACCUACAAGAACGACACAGAGGUCAUCUGCACAUCUUACUACUCCAGACUGAACCCUCUGGAACAUGGAGAGAUCCACACUUCUCUGAUUAACGGUCGACCAGGAGCCGAUGAUUUGACCUCUGAACUUCUGAACUUCACAUCAGCUCGUUACAUCAGACUGAGGCUUCAGCGAAUCAGAACACUCAAUGCUGACCUGAUGACGCUGAGCGCCUGGGACCCCCGGGACAUUGACCCCAUCGUCACCCGGAGGUAUUAUUACUCCAUCAAAGACAUCUCUGUGGGUGGGAUGUGUAUCUGCUACGGCCACGCUCAGAGCUGCCCACUGGACCCUGUUACCAAGAAGCUGCAAUGUGUGUGUGAACACAACACCUGUGGAGAGAGCUGUAAUGACUGUUGCCCUGGUUAUCACCAGCAACCAUGGCAACCAGGUACCAUCUCCGAGGGAAACACCUGUGAAAAGUGUAACUGUCACAAAAAAGCAUUCGACUGUUUCUACAAUCAGACCGUCGCCGAACUCUCUUUGAGCUUAAACACUCAUGGUGUUUAUCAGGGAGGCGGAGUCUGUAUCAACUGUCAACAAAACACCGCUGGCAUAAACUGUGAAACCUGCGCUGCCGGAUACUACAGACCUGCUGAGGUUUCUCCAUAUUCAGACUCUCCGUGUGUCGAGUGUAACUGCAAUCUGAGAGGAUCGAAGUCUUCAGUCUGCAGCAGAGACGACACACAGCCAGGUCAGUGUGUGUGUCAGGAGGGUUUUGCAGGUCGACAGUGUGAUCGUUGUGCGUUUGGAUUCAGAGACUUUCCUCUCUGUGCUCGAUGUGAGUGUAACCUGUCCGGCAGCAUCAACACCGACCCCUGCAGGACCUGCACCUGCAAGGUGAACGUGAUGGGAGCUCACUGUGACCUGUGCAAACCAGGUUUCUACAACCUGCAGAAGAAUAAUCCACGUGGCUGCACUGAUUGUUUCUGCUUUGGUGUGUCUGACGUAUGCGAGAGCUCCACCUGGUCCACAGAACAGGUGCUUCAGACAGAUGCUUGGCUCCGCCCCUCUCAGUCCCUCCACACAACACCUGUCAUCCAUGGCAACGACCUCCCUAUCCCCAGCAACACUUCUUCCGGCCACACCCACCAACAUGUGCUGUCGUGGGCAGCGCCUGACACUUUCCUUGGCAACAAGUUGGUUUCCUAUGGAGGUUUUCUGAACUACUCUGUGCUUUACGACAUCCCAUUGGACAAUGAAGACCAUUCCCUGCCUGCCCACUCUGACAUCAUCGUUGAGGGAAACGGUCGUGCUCUUCGCCUGUCACCUCCUCUGGUUCUCUUCCUCUCUCCAUUGGCUGAGCGCUCAGUUGCCAUGGAGAUGGCUGGGAGACACUUCCUGGAUGUUCAGACUGGUGUUCACGUUACCCGUGAUGAUGUGCUGUCAGUCCUUGCUAAUGUGACAUCACUGAGGGUCAGAGUUCACCUGAACGCCUCUGUUGACGGACAGAUACGUCUCAGUUCUGUGUCUCUGGACUUUGCUGACUCUGGUUCAGUCUCUGGCAUUCAGGCGGUUGGUGUGGAGAUGUGUGAAUGUCCAUGGGGUUAUAGCGGCACUUCUUGUGAGCUGUGUCUCCCAGGUUUCUACAGGGUGGGAGGAGUUUUAUUUGGAGGAAACUGUAUGCAGUGUGAGUGUUACGACCACGCCACAGAGUGCGACAUCAAUGGGGUUUGUCUGGGUUGUACCCAUAACACCACUGGUCCUCAUUGCAAUCAGUGUCUUCCUGGUUUCUAUGGUGAUGCCACAGAGGGGACAGCAGAUGACUGUCGGUUGUGUCCAUGUCCUCUGACAGAGGCGUCCAACAGUUUCAGUCCCACUUGUGUGCUGGAGCCGUCCGGCCAGGUGUCAUGUGACCGGUGUCAGGAAGGGUACACGGGAACCAACUGUGAGAGAUGUGCCAGUGGUUUCUAUGGUAACCCACAAGUAAUGGGCGGAACAUGUGUUCACUGUGAGUGUCACGGCAAUGUGAACGUCAGCGAAGCGGGGCACUGUGACAUCAUCACUGGCGAGUGUCUGCGUUGCCUUGGUAAUACUGCUGGGAGACAGUGUGAGGUCUGCCAACCAGGAUACUAUGGAGACGCGGUGUACGCCAAGGACUGUCAGGAGUGUGGCUGUGAUGACAGAGGCACCAUCUCCAGUGUGUGUGAUGUCACAACAGGUCAGUGUUCGUGCACAGAGAACGUGACGGGACGCACCUGUGACCGCUGCCAGACGGGGUUCUUCGGGCUGCAGAGUGGGCGAGGCUGUGAAGUCUGUGGCUGUAACCAAUCAGGAUCUCUAUCUAAGUCAUGUGAUGAGGAGGGGCAGUGCCAGUGUGUGGAGGGCGUGGCUGGAGAGAAGUGUGACCGCUGUAGCCAUGGUUACUAUGGUUUCGAUGCCGACGGCUGCACAGCAUGCACUUGUGAUCACACUGGAGGGAACUGUGACCCUGAGACUGGUGUGUGCAUCUGCCCUGCCCACACUGAGGGAGACAGCUGCGACAGGUGUGAGACAGGCUACUGGGGUCAUGACCCCACAACUGGCUGCAAGCCGUGCAGCUGCAGUGCAGCAGGAAGCUCCACUCAUCAGUGUGCUCUAACCAAUGGGCAGUGUCCGUGCAGAGCGGGGUUCUCAGGAAAGUCAUGUGACCUGUGUGCGCCUGGUUACCAUGGUUACCCGGCAUGCUUAGCGUGUGGCUGUGACCAGGCGGGAACAGACGAGAAGUUCUGCAACACAACGCUGCGAGUGUGUGACUGUCGAUACACAGGAGAGUGUGUGUGUAAGGUUGGCGUGACGGGCCGGCGCUGUGAGGAGUGUGUCUCAGGUUUUUUUGCUCUGUCACCUGAGAAUCCAGAUGGCUGCUCUCAGUGUUUCUGUUCAGGACACAGCAGAGACUGUGAGGAGCAGGGAGGACUCUACAAAGUACCUAUCACCUUGGCUCGCUCUCCUGCUCUCCUGUCAGUCGUCAGUCAGUCUCACCUGCAGGGUGUCGUAUCAGGAGUCUACCAGCAGGGUGGCGACAUGCUGCUCGACACUAGACAGCUGAAUAGCAGCAGGCUGGCCGGUCCGCUCUACUGGAGACUCCCCCCACAGUUCGAAGGACAACAGUUGUUGUCAUAUGGUGGUCUGCUGUCUUACAUCAUCACAUAUUAUGCGGAGGAUGGUUCGGGUUUGUCCAAUCAGGAACCUCAAGUCCUGAUGAGGGGCGGGAGCCUGAGGAAACUGGUGAUAUACACUGACAUGGUUGCCCCUAGCAAUGGCGUCAGGUCACAGCAUGUCAUUAGGAUGACAGAGCACAAGUGGAAGUAUUUUAACUCGGUGUUGGAGAAGUCAGUGAGUCACGCUGACUUCAUGUCAGUCCUCAGUAACAUUGAGUACAUCAUCAUCAAGGCAUCAUAUGGAACCAGACUGCAGCAGAGCAGAAUUUCCAACAUCACCAUGGAAACGGCAGUGGAGGCAGAGUUGGGGGAGGGGCUACAUGGCAAAGGGGGCGUGGCCAGAUUUAUUGAGUCCUGCGUCUGUCCACCUGGAUACACAGGACUGUCCUGUCAGGAGUGUGCGACAGGUUUUUUCCGUCAGCCGUUGUCUGAGUUGUCGUCUCAGAGUCAGAAGACUCAGUUUGUUCGUCCAUGUGUUCAAUGUCGUUGCAGCAACCACAGUGAAAGCUGUGACGUGGAGACUGGCGAGUGUCAGGGCUGUCAGCAUCACACCAGUGGGCGGAGCUGCGAGCUAUGUGCCCCGGGGUAUUAUGGGAAUGUUGAGGGUUCAAUCAGUGACUGUUCGCUGUGUGCCUGCCCCCUACGGGACAACAGUUUCAGCCCCACAUGUGUGUCGGAGGGAGCGCUCGGUGACUUCCGCUGCACCGCCUGUCAGACCGGAUACGAGGGGCGAUAUUGUGAGAGGUGUUCUGUUGGUUACUACGGUAACCCAUCGUCGCCAGGCGGGGUGUGUUCAUCAUGUAACUGCAGCAGCUGGGGCUCACUGCGGCCGCUUUGUGAUGCUCUGAGUGGGCAGUGUGAGUGUAAGGCUGGGGUCAAAGGUCAGUCAUGUGACCAGUGUGACAAGAAGCACAUCCUGCAAGGAGGAGAGUGUGUAUCGUGUGAUGAUGAGUGUACUGGCAUUCUGUUGGACGACCUGGAAAAAAUACACAACCACUUCCUGUCUGUCAACCUGAGCAGCAUUGCCAUGGCGCCAUACCGUCAGCUGGUGUUGCUAGAGAACCGGACCCAAGACAUCCAGGUGAUGUUGUCAGAAAACAGCUCCGUCACUCUGCGUCUGUCUAGAGUGGAAGACGAGCUGAAUCAUGUGACCUCUGACCUCAGCGCGGUGCUGCAGCAGGUCACCCAUCUAUCUGAUGAACUGGAGAAAGUGGGUGUGUCCACCAAGGAUAGUGUUUCCCAGUGUGCGCUGCUGCUGGAGACCAUCAGUGUCCUUCAGAACAACAUUUGGGUGCUUCAGAGGGAGGCAGUGCAGUUGAACCAGACCACAGAAGAAGAGCUCAGUUCAGCCAAUGAGACGCUUCUGCUGGAGGAGGUGGAGUCUAUGUUGGAAACCAUCAGAGCUGUCAACCUAACAGCCGCUGAAGCUGCAGCCAAUCAGGAGUUCAGUCUCGCAGAGUCUCUCACCAAAUUCCUGCAGAUGGACUUCUUGUCCAGCAGGGUGGCGGUUGAUGAUAGGCUCCGCCCCCUGUCUGCCUCCCUCAAUAUUGGCAUGAAAAAGCUGCAGCACACACACAUGCAGCUGAGCGACGCUGCAAAACUAAAUACACAAGCACAUACUUUGCUGGAAGCCGCACACACACUGCUACACCACUACCAGUCUGUCCGUCAGAACCUGUCUGUCUCCAGUUUCUCUGUGGACGCACUGAUAGAGGACAGUCAGCUGCUGCUGGACAACACCGUCAGCCUGAUGGAGGAGAUGUCAAACACCACCUCACAGGUGGAGGUGAUCAGCGGUCAGUUGGAUCAGUGGCGCCCCCUGCUGAGGAAACAGGUGGAUGGUUUGGUCGUUGGACUAAAGAUGACGGACGCUCUGGAGAAUGUUUACCGUGCAGAAAGCCACACCCACCUGCUACAGAGCCACGCCCUCUCCCUGCACAGCUCUCUGUCGUCGGUGUGUAAUGUGUCUCAGAACGGCAGCCGAUUGGUUCAGCUUGACAGUGACAUUACAGACCGGGUUGAUGCCGCCCAGCAGGUCGCCUCAAUCGCCCACACCUCUGCCUCCCUCGCUCUCAACAUGACUGUCCACUCAGAUCAGCCGUUGUCGGAGGAGGGCGGAGCCAAACUGCACAUCAGCUCAGCUGUUUUAGAAGAAAGUCGAAGAAUCAUUGAAGCGGCUGAAGACCUGCAGCUUAAUGUCUCCAUGGUAACCAGCAGACUGGGGCUGGUCAGAGAGAGAGUUCAAAACUUCAGCCUCCUUCUCCAUCAGCCAAUCAAAGAGCUGCACAUCCUUUCUUACGGUUCGUCCUCGCCCUUGCAGCAGGUUCAGCUUCAGGCCGCAGCAGCUCGCUCUGGCCUGCAGGAGGCGCUGCAGCAGCUGCACACACUUACACAGCAGCUGAACAAUUCUUCUUCUGUGGUGGAAAACACCAACAACACAGUGAGAGAGACCAACCAGCUGGUGACUCACACACACACUGCAGCAAAUGAGGCGCAGCGUAAACUGGAGGAGGUGGAGAAUCGCACAGAGCGUCUCAUGGAGCGGAUAAAGCCGCUGAGCAUGCUGGGAGAAACACUGAGCAGGAAUCUGUCUGACAUCAGAGAAUUGAUUGAUCAGGCCAGGAGACAGGCUGCCUCGAUUAAGGUGGCGGUGCAGGCGGACAGAGACUGUGUUCGAUCCUACAGACCGCAGACUGAGUCAAGUAACUUCAACAGCCUGAGUCUCAUCCUGAAGACAACGAGUCGAGACAACCUGCUGUUCUACCUGGGCAGCAACACCACGGUGGACUUCCUGGCUGUAGAGAUGUAUGAUGGGAAGGUGUCUCUGCUGUGGGAUGUGGGCUCAGGCAGAACCAGACUGGACUUUCCCGGACUGGACAUCACCAACAACAGAUGGACCAGAAUCAACGCUACGCGGUUCGGGGCCCAUGGGUCUCUGUCGGUCCACCAGCUGGAGUCAGAGAUGGCUCCAUUGCCAGCGGUGACAGCAACAUCACCAGGACAGUCCAGAGUUUUAGACAUCGACAGAAACUCAGUGAUCUACAUCGGAGGACUGGGAGUUCAGAGCCACACAUCGCUGCGGUCCUCCACCUUCCAGGGCUGUCUGGGUGAGGCAUCGCUCAACGAGAGAAACAUCGGACUGUGGAACUACGAUAGCAGAGAGGGAGAGUGUGGAGGCUGCUUCAGCAGUCCCCAGGCGGAGGAGACCUCCUUCCACUUUGAUGGGUCUGGAUUCUCGUUGGUUCAGAAGUCUCUGCGAGCGACCUCGACCUCCAUUGUCCUGCUGUUUAAAACUCUGUCGCCAGGCGGGUUACUGCUGUAUCUGGCUUCCAACAACACUAGGGACUUCCUGUCGAUGGAGUUGGUGGACGGGCGUGUUCGUCUGACCUUUGACCUCGGCUCAGGUGCUCUGAUCCUGACAUCCAACAAGAAGUACAACACCGGAGUGUGGUACAAGAUCACGCUGCAGAGGAGCAAACGCAAAGGUUACAUGUCCAUCAUGGCAGCUGACCAGUCAUCAGAGAAGGAGGUGUUGGAGGCAGAGUCUCCCGGAACGGCCUCCGACUUGAACCGCUCCGACCUUGACCCCAUCUACAUUGGAGGACUACCUGCUUCCAGGCCAAUCAGGCGGCAGGUGGUCUCCAGGUCAUAUGUGGGCUGUAUAAAGAAUGUGGAGAUUGCUCGGUCCAACUUCGACCUUCUGAGAGACGCAUUCGGAGUCCGGAAGGGCUGCAUACUGGAGGCGGUGCGGAGCGUGUCGCUGUUGGCCGGAGGCUUCGUUCAGAUCGCCCCUCGAUCACUUGGUCAGGAGGUGGAGCUUCUCUUCUCCUUCACCACCAAUAACCAAUCAGGAGUCCUGUUGGCUGCUCUCAGUGAUGACCUCACACAGAGACAGCACUUCCUAUCUGUCCACCUGGUCUCAGGUUGGGUGGAGGCAGAGCUUGGUGAGAUGGGUGGGGCCUCCCGGAGAGUGAUGGUGGUAAAACCUGACAGAGCAUCCUUCAGUGAUGGAAAAACUCACUCUGUGAUCAUCACCAUCAACAGGAAGUCUCUGUCCGUGCAGGUGGAUGAAGAACACCUGAAGUCCGUCUCUCUGUUGCCGGGUGGAUUUUCUCGUUUGUCUCCAGCGUCUUUCUUCAUUGGUGGGCUGCCAUCAGGGGAGGAGUCUCGUCUGCCAAUCAGAUUACAGGAAAUGUCCCGGUGGUUCAGAGGCUGCAUUCAGCACCUGGUGGUGGGAAGAGCGCUCAUUGACCUAUCAGGAGCUGUGAGAUAUGAGGGGGCGGAUCUUGACAGCUGCCUAUUGGAGAAGAGAGUAAUGGGGGCAGUGCUCCCUGAUGAUCAGGAUGUAGAACCAACCCAUGACCCUGCCCACCUGCCUGUAGCACAGCCCACACACCUGAGUGCCCUGACACCUGGAGCACUGAUGUGUGAGUCGGAGAUGGAGCCGACCUUCCUGCCUUCAACGGCUCAGUUUGGGUCAUCCAAACACAGUCACAUGACCUUCAUGAUCAACCCCAACACUGUCCGGAGGAGUGUGUCGUUGAGGUUGUCGGUUCGAAGCCGAGCUCAGGGCGGGCUCAUCCUCCUCCUCACCGACUCCAAACAGAUGGACUUCAUCGUCCUCCGACUGACGGGUGGCAGACUGAUGAUGUCAGCUGACUUGGGGAAGGGCCCCGCUUCCAUCACCUCGUCUGUCGCCAUUAAUGACGGAGAGUGGCACACUGUGAGCGCUGAGGUCAGCCGGCGGUCACUAUCGGUGAAGGUCGACGGGUCGAGUCCGGACUCUGUGUCAGUUAAAGGAAACCAGCUGGAUGUGGAUGAGAGACUUUACCUGGGAGGACUGCCGCAUACGCUCACCACCCGCAGGAUCAAUGUGAGCAGCAGUUUUCCAGGCUGUGUUCGUUCUGUCAGUCUGAAUGGAGCCAUGUUAGAUCUCUCCAAGCCGGCCUCACAGCAUGAUGUCACUUCCUGUUUCACCAAUGACCAGACAGGAAGUUACUUUAACGGCAGUGGAUACGCCGUCCUGCUGCGUGAUGGUUAUAAGGUCGGCUCUGAUGUGUCAGUGUCUCUGGAGUUUCGUUCGAGCCAAUCAGAAGGGGUUUUUCUGGGAAUCAGCAGUGCGAAGGUCGAUGCCAUCGGACUGGAGAUGAUCAACGGACAGGUGGUGUUUAAUGUGAAUAAUGGGGCGGGGCGAGUGUCGGUGCGUUCGAUGGGUCAGUUGUUGUGUGAUGGACAUUGGCACCGCCUGCUGGCCAGAAAGACCAAACAUGCCUUGAGUCUGAGUGUAGAUGGGCGGAGUUACACUACCCCCAACCCUUACCCACAAUCCACCUCUGCUGAGACAAACAACCCUGUUUACCUGGGAGGAUAUCCAGCUGGCGUGAAGCAGAACUGCCUGUCGAUCAGCUCCCGGUUCAGAGGUUGUCUGAGGAAGCUGCAGCUCAUUAAAUCUCACCUGAGUGAUGCUCUGGAAUUUAGCUCCGCCCACUUCCUGUUGGGCGUCACUCCUAACUCAUGUCCUGUUGCUUAGCAACACCCAGACCUUCUCUGAUUGGUCCACAGAUCGGACAGAGACUGGUUAAUGUCUAGAGUUUUUAGAAGCAGCUGAUUAGAUGUAGAAUCUAAACUUUGAUCAGUUUCUACUUUAAUCAAUAAAGAUGAUUAGAUCUGA